CGAGUCGUACCUCUUAAGGACUAUAACAGUUAUUUUUCCACAAUAUCCAAGUAUAAACUGUAGCAUUGAAUGCCAGAGAAAUUUCAGAAGUUCAAUGUCUGUAUUGUACGCGAAAAAUGCACCCAUUUUGGCGUCAAUACCCGUUAUGAUAAUGUAUUACGGUGGUUCAUUACCAGAAGAAGUGAAUACUUGGACACCAUCAAUGCAAGAACCCCAAGCAUUUGUAAGCCAUACACUUAGGACGAGUGAUUCCAACGGACACAAUGAAUACCAUUCGUUGGCAGAUACUGACCCUGGGACCAUACAUGUAGUUGUUGCAUGUCCAGCUGGGUUUUUCUUGGUUUCAAGUCAGAAAAUUUGCGGUUUGUGCCCAUCAGAUACAUAUUCUAUAGAAGGUGGAAACUCUUGUGUAAGGUGUCCAGAUGGUACAAAAUCGGAACCAGGCUCGGCCUUCUGUCAUUUAUCAUUGGACCGCUUAGCGAGGUCUAUUUGGGCUGACAAUCCUUGCGUAUCACUAAAAGUGAUUUGUGUAAUGGCUAUGAUAAUCAUAAUAUUGAUUUAUUUAUACCGUCACUUCGCAAAUUCAGAAAAAAGCUCAAAGAAAUCUAAUCAAAAACAACCAAAAAGUCGUUCGCGUAAAGGUUCAACUAAUAAUGGCACCUUUGGUAUAGUGUGA